UAGGCCAGAAUAAUCAUGACUUCAUGAGGUCAAGCUAGAUGACUCUACUCGAUCAUUUCUCUCUAUAUAUGUGGACACAACCGGACCUCUAAGUCAUAGAAAGGCUCCAGCGACAAUGGCCAGAACAGCUCCCAUCUUUGCUAAACAACUUCUGAUUCUCUCCCUUCUUUCGUCCUUUGUCCUCAUUCUAGUCCAGGGAGAAGAUGAUCACGAAUUCGUGAGAGCCAUGGACCGCGAUUUCUUGGGUCUCAAGAAGGAAAAGCUUAGCCACUUCCGAUUGUACUGGCAUGACAUCGUGAGCGGCAAGAACCCAAGCUCUAUAGGAGUGGUGAAAUCACCUGUGAACUCAUCAACUCUCUUCGGAUUCGUGAGCAUGAUCGACGAUCCCCUCACUGAGAAGCCGGAGCUGAGCUCGAAGCAGCUGGGGAGGGCUCAAGGGUUCUACGCAUCAGCUUCACAACAGGAGGUUGGGCUCUUGAUGUCCAUGAACUUUCAUUUCACUCAGGGCAAGUAUAAUGGGAGCACCAUAACUAUUCUGGGGAGGAACCCGGUGUUCAACAAGGUGAGAGAAAUGCCAGUCAUCGGAGGAAGCGGGCUUUUCCGGUUUGCAAGAGGUUAUGUCGAAGCAAGAACUCACGCAUUCACUCCGAGCACCGGAGAUGCCAUUGUUGAGUACAAUUGUUAUGUGCUCCAUUACUGAUGCUUCUUUGUACUUUGUUGUUUUCUUCCUUUGAGGUAUUUUAAUGCUUGUAUUCUGUUCUGAGGUCAUAGCUACGUUCUAAUCACGUUUGGCCACCGACCUUUGUAUGUCUACUUUUACGUUUAGUGGGGUUGGCAACCAUCUUUUUACCA